CUGUGGGCAGCCUGGGACAGUUACAAUAUUUUUAAAAAUUAAUUUUUUUAGGAAGACGUAGGGGGUUCUCUUGGUUUCCAUUUUAAGCUUAUUGUCAGUGAAAAGGUAAGCGUGGUGAGACUGGGAGAGAAAGCAGCAGGGACGGUCUAGCUGAGUGUUUGGCGCACACCAAUGUUCCCCACUGGGCCCACUUAAUGGAGGGUGGUGUUAAGCUUUCAUUUUUUUAAAUUGAAGUCACAGCAUUCCAGGAUGGAGGAAGGAGAGUUUUGAAUGAAAGGAGUUGUCAGGAAAUAGGACAUCAUGGUCCAGCGUUUCCACGUGGGGGCAUUCCAAGAGGCAUUUGUAAAUGUGUCCAGUAAAAAUCAAAUCACCAACAAGCCUCACACACCCGGAUAUCUGCCCCAGCAGCAGGAAGGGCAGAAAACUCCUCUGCUGCGUUUCAGCUUUGCACAAAGAGUUGCAUUCCUUCAGGGAACUGAGGGGGAGACGAAUUCCAGCUAGUGUUUAAAUGUGACCUGUGGUGUCAUAUGGUGUUUGUUGUGUUGGCUGGAGAGGAAGUGACAGGAAGUCUGGAAACAUUGAACGUGCCUCACCAACAUCAGCCCAGCUAUAACUUUAAUGCGUUGUAUUGCUGCGUCAGUCGUCUGAAAAAUGCCUACAUCUUCUUUAAUCAGAAUGGAGGGUUCAGUGGUUAUGACCGUUUCUGCCACACCAUCCUCAUCUGGUGGCUCGUGACUCCUCCUCAAUCACGGCGGAAUCCAUCAAGCCCACGCUCUGCAGGGUUGUCAUCUACCUACAGAAGGAGAUGUCGGGGGACACCUGUCUCACCACCACCCUUUGUCCAGCGGCGGGGCCCAAGCCCAAAAUUUGCAGCUUCAAAGCGGGCAGCCUUGGUAACAAGUACGUGCGACUGAACGUUGGGGGUUCUUUGUAUUACACCACAGUGCAAGUGCUGACCCGGCACGACACAAUGCUUAAGGCCAUGUUCAGCGGCAGAAUGGAGGUGCUCACGGACAAGGAAGGCUGGAUCCUUAUAGACCGUUGUGGGAAGCACUUUGGAACAAUUUUAAACUAUCUCCGAGAUGAUACAAUUGCACUUCCAAAACACAGACAAGAGAUCAAAGAGUUGAUGGCAGAAGCCAAAUAUUAUCUCAUUCAGGGCUUAGUGGACAUGUGCCAGGCAGCCCUGCAGGAUAAGAAAGAGUUGUACGAACCCGUCUGCAGCAUCCCUAUUAUCACCUCACCAAAAGAAGAAGAGAGGCUGAUCGAAUCGUCAAUGAAACCUGUUGUUAAGCUGCUUUAUAACAGAAGCAACAAUAAAUACUCCUACACCAGUAACUCAGAUGACAACUUACUGAAGAACAUAGAACUGUUUGACAAACUCUCUCUCCGAUUCAACGGCAGAGUUCUUUUCAUUAAAGAUGUUAUUGGGGAUGAAAUCUGCUGCUGGUCUUUCUAUGGACAGGGUCGGAAGCUUGCUGAAGUCUGUUGUACCUCUAUCGUGUACGCUACAGAGAAGAAGCAAACCAAGGUUGAAUUCCCUGAGGCACGGAUUUAUGAGGAAACACUAAAUGUCUUACUCUAUGAAACGCCACGAGUCCCUGAUAACUCUCUGCUGGAAGCAACAAGCAGGAGCCGAAGCCAGGCGUCUCACAGUGAGGACGAUGAGGGCUUUGAACUUCGUGACCGAGUGCGCCGCAUCCAUGUGAAGAGAUACAGCACCUACGACGACCGUCAGCUUGGCCACUAGUCAGUCAAGGAGGAAGGGCUUGGUGUCAAGGCUUGUAUUAAUGUUCUUUGGGGGAGAUCAAGAAGUAGAGAGGGAUCAGUUGGACUCUGGAUUCAUCUUCAUUUGGCUUCUUGGCUCCCUAGAGAAGCAAACGGGCAUUCCUGCACCCAAAGUAACACUGGCUUUGAGAACCAAGAUGUCCAUUAUGCACCAUGUGCUUUAAAUACAGAAUGGCCCCCUUUUCAAACCACAUGGAAUUGGGAACACCAGUUCUGACAGUUUGUGGUUGCUGUUUCAUAUCUAAUGACUUGCCAGUCUCCUUACUUCCUGUGAGAAGGACUGCUUUUCCUGAAUGAGGUGGUGUGAUUUGGAAAUCUUUUUUCAGAUACCUAUGCUUUUAGGGUUUUGUAUAAUGGAAUUUCCAGUUUUUAAACCAAGAUACCAAGGAGAGGGUGGAGAGAACUUGACCACAGCUACCCUUAGCAAGCACUACAUCAGGUAACCCCCAGAAGAAAUGGUUAUCUACCCAGUAGUCAAACACACUGUAGGUGCGAUUGCUCCCACCUCUUUCCCCAAGUAUAGAUGUAUAAGUUUGUGUUCUGAAAUAGCUGUCUUUAACACUCAUUAAUCCUCAGACAAUCUCUUUCAAAGAGGCAAGAGUCAGAUCAUGAAAAACCCUCCUCUUGUGAAAAAUGAGAACUGUGAGAAUUUAAAUGUAUGUGUAAUGACUUGUCUUUGGAGCUGGAGAAGCGAGUAUGGUGAAGGAAGAAACUUCUUCCAGUAAGAAAACUUCAGAAAUAGAUUGUGGCAGAGUUGCUGUUAUUUAGGUUUGGGAUAGUGUAAUCCUAUUCACGUAAACAAUGGCAAUCUGGGGAACUAGUUUUAUAUUUGUUUCCUUCCAUGGCCCAAAAGUGCUAUUUGAUGUUAAAUUUCUCAAGCAGGAAGGGAAAAAUGGCAGUGACUGGGGAAAUACAGACCAAACAACAUUUUAUAAUGCUAGAUAAUGUUCACAUACUAAAAGGUGAUUUGAGUUUUGUGUUCUGAAUUCGUUCUAGAGCACAGAAGUUGAAGUGGAAAGAGAAGAACAGUCAUAAAAAUCUUGGGCUAGCAUGAAACUGCAGGAGGCUUUGGAUACAGGAGAGAGGUAGCUUAUACUGAAUUUUAAACUGAAAUAACGGGUUUUAUUUGGAGUGCAUGGCUGGAUGCUAAUUGCACAGGGUGUUUCAGAAGGUUGGCAUUCAGGCUGCUCUGCCUGAAGGAUGGGUCUCUGAAAACAGUUUCAAGCUUAGUCUGAAGAGUUGUUACUGUAUUUCUAAAUGUUUGCUCCUGUGUAUCAGCUGUAGGUUGCAGGUUCCAGCAUUACCACUGUCCUAAAGGGUUAUUACUUGAAGGCUGUUCCUUGGCAGCUGUGGAUAAGCGACAGCAUUGCAGCUUGCUGAGGGGAGUUGCUCCACAGCUGCUUUCAUGUUCCCAUAUUCUCCAUGAAGAUGGAAGCUUCAGGUUCCACGCUGGUCAGUCUUAAACUGCUUUGACCAAGUCUACCUGUAAGCUUUAAAGCAAAUGACUGCAAAUGCCUGUCAAGAAAAUAAUCCCAAAUUAAUACAGUGAAGUCAUUAAUAGAAUUGAGAUGGUUUCGCAGUUUUAGAAGCAGGGGAGGGAGCAAAAAAAAUUAUUUCCAUUUAUUUAGACUUUUGAAAAUUAAUUUGUUGAGGCUUGGUAAGAAAACACUACUAGUUGUGACCUUUCAGGACUUCAUUGCCUUGCCAGGCUCUGUGUGUGGCAGGCAGUCACUAAAUUCUCCUAGUGUUCGGGAAGCAGCAUUGCCACAGUAAAGCACCUGCCUUUUUGUGAAAGGCCUCUUUAAAACCCUAAUAACCUUUUCUUUUCAUAUUGCUUUCUGUAAGUUGUUGUUUUCCAGCUGGUUUUGCUGUUGUGCCAGUGAAAAUACAGCUGCUGAGAUUAGUUUUAACAAAGACUUUUGUGGGGUUUUAUUUUCUUUAAUCUGCUGAAGUGUGAUGUUGAUCUUUAGAAUUUUUUUCCCCUCCACUGAUGCCAUUGAAAUCACACUGUGGUGGGUGCUCUGGGGCUGCCAGCAGAGACCCCAGUAAUAGGGCCUUUGUGCUGUACUUAAUAGCUUCCAUUUAUUCUCUUGUAUUUCUCUUCAUCUUGCAACAAAUAAGAUUGCCAUUUAAAAUUCCUGUGUGGCACUUCUGUUUCUUGGCAAAGGAUUUAUAUUUUUUUUUUCUUGUUACUAUCAUAGUGAGUGUUAACAGAGAACAUGAGUGAUUGCAAAACUGUGUUUAAAAGAACUUACAAGCAGGGAAAUGUCAUAUUUGCAUUUCUUCUCUCGAGGGAAUACAGGUAUGGGAAGGAGUGCGUGGAAGAGAUUGAGUGUCAGAUCUGUGUGCUAGUCCAGAAGCUUUCAUUCCAUGGCUGGAUUCUGUACUCCCAGGGAUUCACUAGGGAAAUGGGAUCAAUUGUGAUUUAUUACGCUAUAAGAAGCAGAGAAAAGCUUGUGUUUUGGUUUAGUCCAUUUUCUUUUCCAUGUCUCCCAUAGCCAACGAAUGGUAUUGAUUUCUGAUUUGAAUUCAGAUUAAAUCAAUCUUGGAAGCAAACUGCUUUGAGAACCAUCUGGGUUGUAAGAAUCUUUUAAGGAGUUCAAAGUAACAUCUUGGUAUUUGUGGAAUAUGGAACAUCAGUUUUUAAAUAUGUACAGGUAUUUCUUUUUAUAUCACCUCAUUCUCAUCCCCAUUCAUUCUCCCUUCGCUACCCCCAAUUAUUACUAAUCACAAAUCAUCUGCUUUUAGGUUACGGUAUGACUAGAACCGGAAAGAUGUUAAACAGUGUUUUGCCACUGCAGACAGAACACUUUGUCAGUCUGUCAGCUUAACUCAGAGUAAUGAUCUAAUGCAUAAACACUAAAGUUUUGUCUAUUCAAAAGGCGUUCCAGAAGCAUGGUCUUGGUACUCUUUGUCCUGAUGAGAUUUUCAGGGAUCCCAGUUAAGUAGCUGUAGUUGAAUUUGACAAGCAGCUCUAGUUCCCUUCACUGGUGGACAGAUAUCAGGAGAUCCUCUGGGAAGUGUGCUGUAAGCACAGUAUGAAAACGAUUGUAGUAUUAGUGAUCACCUCCCUAGGAAGUGUUGCUGUACUUGGGGUUCUAAUAAAAUCUGGAAUGCCUCAAGUUAUUUCUUACCUGAGUUCUUACAGAAUUGGAUAAUUUACAUGAAGUCUCGGUAAGUGUAAAUGUAGACAUGGAUGCAGCCACCUCUUACAUAGUUCAUGGCCUGAAUGUUUUUCAAAUGCAAGUGACAGAACACUAUAAUUUCUCUUAAGAGCCCUGCUUGUCUGGAACUGCUCCAGUGCAGGAUGUUAAUUGAAUGUCCUUCCCACGAAAAUCACAGCAUGUUGAUUUAUACAGUCUGUACUACCAGUUUCUGAUAAUUUCAAACGCUAGUUUUGACAUAGCACAUUUUGUAUUGUUAUCCUAAUCAUCCUUUACUUAAUUAAAGGCUAUAAAUUGUUUUGACAAGAACAUUCUAGAAUUUGUUUUUACAACUCGAUAUAAUGGAAAAAAAGCAGCACAGAAAAGGAUAAUGCCACUUUGAAAUGCAGCAUUCACUUGUUCGUAGUUAGUUCUCCACUUCUGGAGAGAGCAAACAGCUCUGCUUCCUAAGGCUCUUAUCUGCUGGCUUUAAAUAUCACAAAUUAUGAUCCCUGUUAGGACAAUAGAUUUCUAAUUAUAUGCAUUUGUCUGCAAGUUAAGAGACUUGUAAUGGCUUCCUACGUAGACCAUCAGCAAUGGAUGUGUUCUCUGAUGUGCCUGGGAAUUUAUAGUAGCCUUUAGGAGGAAGAAAUGCCUUUUUGCCUCAUUUGUAAUGUAUGAAUUCUAACUACUUCAGCUACCAUUCAUUAGCUGCUGGAGCUCUUUUUGAAACCUUACUGUCCUCUCCACACCUAAAUUUAAGUGAACUUCAACGCAUUCAGAUAUAAUAUUAGCAGACUGAGAGAAUGAAUGGAAAACAUUAACUGAUGUCUACACACAAGUACAGUGUUAAAGGGUUGCGUGUUUCUGUAAUGGGAUCCUAACAUAUUGCAAAACAGCCUCAGUCUUUCUGCAGUGAAGCAGGCACGGUGCCUUGAGCAAGUGUCUGAUGUUAAACGGCUUUUCAGUAUCAGUGUUAAUUAGGCAAUAAUGUCAAAAGAGAGCUCUGCAGGGUAGCAGCCUCCAGCUGCUUGAUAAAUGCCAAGACAAAACUAAAUGUUUAACCUUCACCUUGACAUUUAGGUUUUGGAAUGAGAGACAUUUAUCUUAUUGUAACGUUCCAUUCUGCUGACUUUUUAUCUCUUGCAAUUCUUGGUUAAAAUAUAAAAUACUGACUGAAGCUGGGAGAGUGUUGGAGGAACUGACAAACUGGUGUCACUGCAAAGCUGCCAGUGCCAAUUACGGGUUUCAUUAGGUGUUUUUUCUUGAGGUUUUUUACAACUCACUCCUGGCAAUACUGACAAAAUAGACCUUACCUGAAUGUGUCUGCCCCGGCAGUCCCAGCCUUGCACAGUUCCAUUAUAUCCUCUGACAAACCUUAGCAUUAAAUCUUUACAGCCAAGUUUCACACCAUCCAUUCUGGUUUAUUGAGCAUGAGCCCUGUUUCUGGCUUUGCCACUAACUUGGUGACGUACAGCAAGUCAGUUUUUCUGUAUAUGCGUAAUUUUUCAUCAUUUGUAAUAAAAUGGUGGCAAGAUCCUCCCCUACCUCAGAGGGAUGUUGAAGCUUACUUUGUUUAAUGAUAGUAAAGGACUUUGGGUUUCUGUCAUAUUUUGUAUACAGAGGAUAGUGAAUAUAAUUGCUGAUCUUGUUUAUACUGACAUUCUGAGAUCAAGCAGCUUUCUCAUAGCUUCAGGCUUUGUUUUAUUUUUAUGUCUAACUUUAAAGUUCAACCUUAUGGAUAAUUAAUGUGGUAACCAUAUUAGCUAUUGAUUAAAGUGUUUCCUCUUUUAUUGGUACAUUAAACAGAAAUGGAACACUAAUUUUUAAUAAAGUGUUAUAUUUUGCCUUC